AUGCCGUCCUCGGUCAAGGAGCGUGCUUCAUCACUGGGUACCACUGGUGAACUUGGCACAUCUGCGUACAAUCUUGCCAGAGGCCUUCGAGCGGUUUACUGCGGCAGUGCUUUCUUGCCAGCCUUUGUGCUGGAAGAAUGCCACGCAGCCCUCGACGAUAUUGGAUUCGAUUUUGUGCGAAAAUGCGUGGAAGCAAUUGAAGAAAAAGGUAGGGCGAACGACCAGGAUUACUCGCUUUGCUUUAAAACCAUUGGGAACACUGGGCUUGAGACUGACGAGGAGCGAGUUUUUAGGAAUAAGGGAGCAAGGGCUGUAUCGAAAUUGUGGAGUAACAUCGAAAGUGCAGAAAUUGAUGCAAAUAGGGCUCGACAAACGGCGAUCUGCGAAUGA